AUUGAAUAUUUAGAUAUGCCACUAGAGUCGCUUACGGAUCCUACCGUAACAAUAAAUCCGUCUAAGAAAUUGAUAAAUUUUAUUUUGCACGAUGUAAAAGAAACGGGCGAUGCACCGAAUGCCAUCGCGUCCUUGCGCAAGUCGAGAGGCUCCAAGAAAGGGAAGGUCGCGAGUGUCGCGUUGAAAAUCGAGGAUCUCAAGUGGCUGAACGCGUACCUAAAAGAGCACAGGAAAACCGCGACGAAGAAGGUCUACCUGCACGAACUUUUCGACGAUUCCGACGUGAUACUGCCGACACCGAAGGAGACGCCGCGGAACCCAGAAUUGGAGGCGAGGAUACAGAAACUAACGGCGCAACAAAACGCCAGGGAAUACCAGGCAAUGACGAAGAGCAUCGAUGCUGUGCGGAAAUUCCUACCGGAAGACAGCAUCGCGUAUCAAAUGAAGCAGAUAAAUAAGCAACUGAUCGCCGUCGCGCAGUUCGUGUUUUCUGUGAUAGCUGGCUUCGCUUUUGGAUUCAUUGGGGUGGAACUCAUAAUCGGGAAUCUAGACUUCGGAUUUAGAUUGCUUUUAGGUAUAAUUUGCGCGCUAAUCAUAGCGUUAGCAGAGAUCUACUUUCUAGCUCUAAAAUUAAAUGAGGAUGGUUACGAUGCCACAUCCAAAUCGCAAAAGUUACACCGAGACUAAUUCAGUCGUUACAUUAUCUAGAACAUAUGUAUUAUAGGGCAGAUGAGUAAACAAAAACUCUUAAAAUGCUAACGAUAAAGUAAACGUGCAAGCUACUUUCGCCAACUUUGUAUUGUAAAGAUCUUAAAAAUGUACAUAAUUCUCGUACGAUUAUAUAAUACAAGAUUCUUUAAGACAAAAUAAAAUGAAUCGUGAUCAUCAUUUAUUAUCGGAGAAAACACCAAUCUUAAAAUGUGAUUAUAAAUAAAUAUAGUUAAUGCAAAAAAACAUUAAUUUGAUCGACGUAAAGAAACAUGAUGCAUGAGUUUCAUCACAAUAUUCAUAUCGUGAGACAUAGAUAUGUACAAAAAUAUAUACCGCGAGAAGAGAUAUGUGUAACAAGAUCUUGAUAGUGUACUUUCAUCACCUGUAAGCAUAUAAAAAUAAUAUCCUCUCUUUCGA